UUAUCUGCUCGCGUUCGGCAAGUCGUCGUGGAUGAUUUAAGCAAAUUUAAAAAGGUUUUCCCGGAUUUCGGAUGGUUCAAACAAGCUAAGCGGUUAAGAAUACUCCGGCAAUUGUGGAUUUCGUUCUGUGGCAGGCAACAUGGAACCGGUAGAUGAAUUUUCACUCGAAUCAUUCGAGCCUCUUCUGAGUCCCUCCGUACGGCAGUACCGAAAUAGAUCUAAAAAUUUAGACCCAAAAGUCUCGGUGACGACGGCAGGCAAUUGCUCCGGAAAUGGAAAAGAACAGCUGGCUGAAGUGCUAGCUAAAAUUGCCACCUUGCAGAAAGCUACCGAGUCCGGUAAGGCCGAAGGAUUCGACAGGACCAAGCUGGUCCGAACGUACAAUGUCAAGUUGAGGUUGAAGAAAAGUUGUUCGCUGUACAAGUGCUUCGAUUGCGAUAGUUGCUUCACCAAUGCUGAGUUUCUGGAACUGCAUGAAAAAUCACAUUCCAGCACGGCGACAACAACAACAGCAACACAGUUGGAGAGUUCCGGAGAAGUGGCGCGAGUGGACGACGCUAUCGAUCUGGGCAAUCAUUCGAUCGACGAAUCCGAAAUGAAUCUGAAACAGUGUGAAACUUGGUUUGCCGGCGAUGGCUAUGGCCGUCCGGAAGAUGAUUUGUUUCUGGACGGCGAAGAUGGCGAUGGCGAUGACGAAACGAUUCAUCUCGAUUGUAUCGUCCACGAGCGGGAGGAUAACUUCGAUAUCAGUUUUGAUCGCACGAAAUGUGCCAAGACGUAUACGGUGGCCAAAUAUAAAGUGAAAAAGGAUCCGGUAGGAAAGUGUGAUCGAUGCGAGAAGAGUUUCUACUCGUACGAUGCGUUCCGGAUGCACCAAUUGGAACACGAACGGUUCAUGAACUUCGACUCGAUUGAGCCAAAAAUUAACAUCGAUUCGCCAAAAAUCGAAGAGAGUACGCUGAUGGUGGAUGAAAGUUUCUACCAGGUUAUUUCUGAGAUUGAUGCUAGUGAUAUUUUAGAGGUCAGUGAAGGCACAAUCGAACUAAGCCCUCGAGCUCGCAAGGUUCUACCGUAA